CAGCUGCACCGUUGAAUGUCAUUAAUUGCCCAUCGAGAACAGUAAACAGUCGUAAAGAAAAAUAUCAGCGACAUGAAAUCGUUCAAACAUUUCACGCUCUGCUUUGUCGUGUUGAGCUUCCUCUUCAUCAGUCACGUCACUUCCAGACCAGAACCUGCUGGAACAUCGCCUUUGUUCGGCGGAUUCGCCGUGGAUUCAUCCGAGGAGGAGGCCGGAUCGGGUAACCCCGAACAGGAUCGCAAAAUGCUGACGGGCGAACUCAUCCGCAUGGAACGCCAAUUGGAUACGGAUAUCGAGAAAAACGAUCACUACGAAAUCAGGUACGCUUUGCUCAAUUUGGAAAUGAGGCUCCUGCCCAGGAUGGCCAGGCUCUCGAGAGAGAUCGACUCCAGCCUAGUCAACGCUGAUCAACGGGCUGGCGAGAGAAAAUUCCAAAAGACACUGCAGGAAGAUAUCGCUCGCAUGAUGUACAAAGCUGGCGCACGAGCUUGUCUAUCGCCCGAAGAGACCUUCUACGCCCCUCUGAACAAGUGCCUGCCAUUCGGACCUAACGCUUUUGCAUUCAACCCGUGCAAGAAGAAGGAUCAGAUCCUCUACGACGGUAAGAAUAACGAAGGAUCUUGCGAUUGCGUCGAAGAUGAGAGGCAACUCGUCUACUACAACGGCGAAUGCCAUCGCCAAAACGUGCGCGGACCUUGCUUGCCCGGCAAUUGGUUGGUCAUGACCAACUCAACGCCAACCUGCGAACUCCUUCCCGCCAACUGCACGGCCGAUGGCAAACACGUUUACUGGAGCCCCGAUUCGGUCAAAGUUCCAGCUCAAUGCCACGUCAUGGGUCAGCGAGGACCUUGCAGUCUAGGUCAAAUCAUCACGCGUGACAACUCGGGCACUGUCAAAUGCACUUUCCCUCCCGAACCCGAAGUGACCACUCCCGCACCGGUGGUUGGCGUCACCAGCAAACCCGGCGCAACUGGUCCCACAACUCCUACACCGACUACCGAAACGCCCAUCGCUUCGCUUUGGGAUCGUCCUAGCUGUUCCCAGGGUAGCUACAGAAGUCAAAACAAGAGAUGUGCAAUUUAAACAACAACCGGAGGGAAAAGAUAACAGACAAAAAAAGAAAGAAAAUUUAGCAUUUUUGAAAAGUGUCGCAAUAUAAUCAAUAUCUCAUUAUUUAGGGGCUUGGUUCCCUUAAAUAUGACCCUACCCAUUUAUUUUUUUGUUUUUUUGAAUUCCUACCCUAAAACGCUGAAUGGAAAUGUAUCCUUUCCAUUUAUUCGCUUUGUAUCCAAAACAGUUUCGAGUUUGUGUUCACUCAAUUCUCUUUUUUUCUUUUGCCUUUCCGUGUUUUUUUUUUUAGAAAGUGUUUCUAUCGCGUCUGUUAUAUGCCCUUUUCAAUCAUUAGCAGAAGCUCAACGAAAUCAAAUGUUAUGCAAAAAGUAUCGAGAAAAUAUAUCCUAAAAUAACCUGAUAA